AUGACAAUAUAUAAACUCUGUGAAAGAGGGCUGACAAUAGCCACUUUCUUCUCUGCCUCGACAAAGAAGCCACCAGCAAUGAAACUCCACGCUGCAGCUAUCCUCCUCGUCUUCUGCCUUGGCGUCCUCACUGUGCACACGGUGAAAGGGAGCGUUGGAAGUCAGUCCAUGCGCAAGUUCAGUUGUGUAAGUCUGUCUACACAGCAACUGAACAUCCGGCAGCUUGUCAACUAUGAAAAGCAACAAGUUCCACUAAAUGCCAUCAUGUUUAUCACCACAAAAGGUAUCAAGAUCUGCGUAAGCCCGAAUCAGAAGUGGGUGAAGGCUGCUAUAAAGAAUAUAGACCAAAGACGUACCACCAAAGGGAAAUAA